GAACAACGAAAGAACCGCCCCCCUUUCCCGAGCAGGUCGAUCGGGAGCAGUUUCUCCUCAUGCAUUGGGUUCGAUCCCCUGGAUCCUUGGCCUUGGAGGAGGAGGAGGAGGAGGCGGAGGAGGCGAGGAAGCUCCCGCAGCAGCCGAGGCGGAUGUAAGGUUCCUCGGACUGUGUGAUUUCCCCCCCCACCCCUUCUCCCCUUCAGUCGGAAGGCUGCGAAGUGGGCAGGGCUGCGCGUUAGGUUCGGUGUUCCUGGGUGUUUGCUUUUCUUUCCGACCCCCUUCCCCCUCCCCUCCUCUCCCCUCCCUUCCCUCCUCUGUUGUUCCUGCCGCCGCACAGGCAAGUCAGCAGCAGAGCGUGAGCGCCGGAUUGCUUUCAGCGGAGGACUGCUCAAGGAUUACGCUCUAAACAAGAGAAAGACGACGGCGUGUGUGUGGGGGGGAAGUCUUCCUUUUAAGAGGGGAAAAAAUAAUAUACGCAUAUACAUAUAUAGAUCUCGACACGUCCCUGUAUCCCCCAGCUCCGAGGAUUCUUUUGAAUGUGCUGCGAUCGCAUUUCGGAUUUCUGCAAGCGGGAACGCGAUCCCUCUCCCCUUCCCUUCUGCGCGCCCCCAACCCCCGCCUUUUGUUUUUCCGUUAAAAACGCACACAGAGGCCAAUCUGUCUUAAAUAUAUGCGUGUGUGUUUGUAUGCAUGUGUAUAUAUAUACACACAUGCGUGUAUACAUGAAUGUAUGCCUGAAUGCAUUCACUGGGUGUCGCAAGAGGAAAAACUAGCCAAAGCCACCGAAAGGAGCCCCCUGCACCCACCCACCCCCCACAUCACUUAAACCUGCCUUCUUAUUUAUUGAGACAUCUCCUAGAAACCUCCCUGGCUCCGGAGCGUGCUUAAUCCCAAGGAAAAGUGAAGCCAUCUAACCAUGGUGGUUUUUAAUGGCAUGCUGAAGAUUAAAAUCUGCGAAGCGGUGAAUCUCAAACCCACCCCUUGGUCGCUAAGGCAUGCGGUGGGUCCCAGGCCACAGACCUUUUUACUGGACCCAUACAUUGCCCUCAAUGUGGACGAUUUCAGGAUCGGGCAGACCUCCACCAAGCAGAAAACCAACAGCCCUGCCUGGAACGAUGAAUUUGUUACCGAUGUUAGCAACGGCAGGAAGAUUGAAAUGGCCGUUUUCCACGAUGCCCCCAUCGGGUACGACGAUUUUGUGGCUAACUGUACUAUCCAGUUUGAGGACUUGCUGCAGAACGGGAGCCGGCACUUCGAGGACUGGAUUGAUUUGGAGCCAGAAGGAAGAGUGUACGUCAUCAUAGAUCUUUCAGGCUCUUCAGGUGAAGCACCCAAAGACAAUGAAGAAAGAGUAUUUAGGGAACGGAUGCGCCCCAGGAAGCGCCAGGGGGCAGUGCGACGCAGGGUCCAUCAGGUUAAUGGGCACAAGUUUAUGGCCACCUAUCUUAGACAACCAACCUAUUGUUCACACUGCCGAGACUUUAUAUGGGGAGUAAUAGGAAAGCAAGGGUACCAAUGUCAAGUUUGCACUUGCGUAGUCCACAAGCGAUGCCAUGAGCUUAUAAUAACAAAGUGUGCUGGCUUGAAGAAGCAGGAAGCCCAUGAUGAGGUGGGUUCUCAGCGUUUCAGUGUCAACAUGCCUCACAAGUUUAGCAUUCACAAUUACAAAGUGCCCACCUUCUGUGACCACUGUGGUUCAUUACUUUGGGGUCUUCUGAGACAAGGUUUACAAUGCAAAGUUUGCAAGAUGAAUGUACAUAGACGCUGUGAAACAAACGUAGCACCCAACUGUGGAGUAGAUGCUAGAGGGAUCGCUAAAGUACUUGCGGAUCUUGGCGUUACUCCAGAUAAGAUCACUAAUAGCGGACAAAGGAGGAAGAAGCUUGUUCCCGGUGCAGAAUCUCAACCGCCAGUUCCUGGAUCCUCACCAGGAGAAGAUGACAGAUCAAAGUCAGCACCAACUUCCCCAUGUGAUCAAGAAAUCAAAGAGCUUGAAAAUAACAUCAGGAAAGCAUUAUCAUUUGACAAUCGGGGAGAAGAACAUAGGGGAGCAGCAACAAGCUCAACCGAUAGCCAACUUAACACACCCGGGGAGAAUGGAGAAAAUGGUGACGUCAAAGCUCAGACAAAGCGAAUGGGCUUGGAGGAAUUCAACUUCAUUAAAGUAUUAGGAAAAGGCAGCUUUGGAAAGGUCAUGCUGGCAGAACUCAAAGGUAAAGAUGAAGUAUAUGCUGUGAAAGUCUUAAAGAAAGAUGUCAUUCUUCAAGAUGAUGAUGUGGACUGUACAAUGACAGAAAAACGGAUUCUAGCAUUAGCACGAAAGCAUCCUUAUUUAACACAGCUCUACUGCUGCUUCCAGACCAAGGACCGCCUAUUUUUCGUCAUGGAAUAUGUCAAUGGAGGAGACCUAAUGUUUCAGAUUCAACGUUCACGCAAAUUUGACGAGCCUCGCUCCCGCUUCUAUGCAGCAGAAGUCACAUCAGCACUCAUGUUUCUACAUCAACAUGGCGUCAUCUACAGGGAUCUGAAACUGGACAAUAUUCUUUUGGAUGCAGAAGGUCAUUGCAAACUGGCUGACUUUGGAAUGUGCAAGGAAGGAAUCUUGAAUGGAGUAACAACUACUACCUUUUGUGGAACACCAGACUACAUAGCUCCAGAGAUUCUCCAGGAAUUAGAAUAUGGUCCUUCUGUAGACUGGUGGGCAUUGGGGGUUCUCAUGUAUGAAAUGAUGGCUGGACAACCUCCCUUUGAAGCUGACAAUGAAGAUGACCUCUUUGAGUCUAUCCUACAUGAUGAUGUGCUAUAUCCAGUAUGGCUUAGCAAAGAAGCUGUCAGCAUUUUGAAAUCGUUCAUGACCAAAAACCCAAACAAACGUCUGGGCUGUGUGGCAUCUCAAAACGGUGAAGAUGCCAUUAAACAGCAUCCAUUCUUCAAAGAAAUUGACUGGGUUCUUCUAGAACAAAGGAAAAUUAAGCCACCCUUCAAACCUCGGAUUAAAACCAAAAGGGAUGUAAAUAACUUUGAUCAAGACUUUACACGAGAAGACCCAAUAUUAACACCAGUGGAUGAGACAAUUAUAAAGCAAAUCAACCAAGAAGAAUUUAAAGGCUUCUCAUAUUUUGGAGAAGAGCUGCUGCCAUAAGAUAUUCCCCCACCCCUAAAUUGGAACCGCCAGAUCACAGAUGCUGAAAGUUGUGUUCUGAAAAAUCCUCCAGCUACACCAUCAAGAACUGCUUCUCUGAUCAUGAGCCUAAACCCAUUACUUUCUACUGUCUAUUUAUUGUUAUAUUUCUUUGAUCUGGAGGCACUCAUAUUAGCUGUUUUACAGAGCAAUGCAAAAUAUUUUGUAUUAGAAAUUGUAAAGGUAACACAUUGCUGUUGUUUUUUGCUGCUGUGUCUCUCAUUCUCUCUUUCUAUUCAGACUUUCUUUUAUUUUCAGGAAGGCUUUGCCUUUUUUAAAAUCACCUAGCACUGUUAAAAAUAAUUUGUUCAACCAUUUUUAAUAUUUAAAAAUCACUAGGAAUUUUAGCUUCAUCUUUUGAUGCUUAAAAUUAUGGUCUAGACUAGAGUAUGUACCGAAGGUUAGAUAAUUUUUUUUCAAAGAUGCCAUAAAUAGGUAUCUCAUCACAUUGUGCUAGAUGGAUAAGUAUAUUUGUUAUAUGAUUAUGGAGAGAGAGAAAAUAUGAUAAGUCAUAAAUCAUUAUGACUUAUUUUCAACUCAGACAUGAAUCUAUAAAUCAGCCAUAAGAUUUACUGAGCUUGGAAUCAGCUCAUUGCAUUCUGCGAUGAUUGCUAGGGGUCUUAUGAAGCAUGAGAGAUAAGCCUAAAUUUUGCCAUUGAUUUCAAUAAAAUUGUCAACAGGAAUAGUUGAGCUUACAUCCUUAACAUCCAAAUGGGUAGGUUUGGAUUGAAUUUCAAUUCCUCAAUGGGCAGGUUUUUGCAUGGCAUGCAACCUUAGGAAACUGAAGUUUUGCAUUUAGUAUCAGGCAAGCGAAAUAUGCCCUAAUAUGUCAAAUUUGAUCUUCUCAAAGUUCUGUUACGUAUCUUAGAAUGGUGUUUUUCAACCUCAGCGGCUUUAAAAUGUGUGGACUUCAACUCCCAGAAUUCCCCAUGCUGGAAUUCUGGCAGUUGAAGUCCACAUGUCUUAAUGUUGCUGCAAUUGAAAAACUAUGUCUUAGAAGAUAAACACUGAUUUUAAAUCUUAUCUGGGGAGGCAAAACCUUUGGGAACCAUUUGGAGAGGGAAAAGCCGCUGCUAUGAGUAAGUGUUAGGCACCUCUCCACUCUUAGGACUACACAUUUUAAAUUUCAGCCUCAAAGUUGCUUUAAAAACACACCAAAAUAGAUUGGGGAUUGGGGGUCUUUAACUUUUUGUCUCCUGCUACUAUCCUAAUUUGGAUUGUAGUUUCUACUGUAGAUGCAAGCAACUGUAUUUAGUCUAACGGGGAACAAGCCCCCAUAUUCUUCCCCUUAGAUUCACUGAAAUAAUUGAGAUGUCAUCUUGCUUCAGCUAAUUUAAAUUCAGUUCCUUUAUUAGACCUGUUUUAAGUAUGUCUGGCUCCAACACUAGGUUAAAAGUUUUUACACUUUUGGGUUAAUCAUGCACGUAAUUUAUAGAACCCAAUGUAACCAUUUAUUUCCAAUUCAUGUGCAUAGAAUGGAGAGGCCAGAUUUCCAAUAUUCAAAAUAAACUGAAUGAAGCAUUUACCUUUGAAAGGCAAGCAUUUUAAAUAUAUGAGAGCUGAGAGAUCUGUCUUGGUCAAUAUAGCUACUAAUUGAUGCUCCAGGUAUAAUACCAUGUAUGCCUUCAUUAAUUGCUGUCCCAAGGCAUUGUCGCCACACUGCUUGCUCUUUACCUGGUGAGGAAAGAGAUGCUAGAAACCCACUUAGUUCUAGUACAAAUAAGUAGUUUAGUAAACUGUGUAGAAGCUGAAAUCCACAAAAGCAGCUGAAAACAGCUUAUCAUGGGUCUGAGAUCUCAGUUGAACUCAGACUGGCUUUCAUCCAUUUAACCUCAGAGGGUUAAAUGAAAAGGUAACUGAAAUCUGUUGAUACACUACAAUUUUUCAGAACUCAGAUUUUUUUUAAAAAAAAAUACACUGCCGUGGUUGGUUAAAAUCCCUGCUCUCAUUGUGAUUGGAAGUGACAGAAGGCAGCAUGUCGAUAAUUCUCAGAAUUCAAAGAUGUGAACAAACCUACAUAAUCUGCCCUAAUCUGUUUCACAAUCAGAUCAAAGAAAAAGGCAUCUUUACACAUACAAUGAGAAGUUGCCAUGAUAUACGGACUUCUUUCAGAGUAAAGAUGCAUCAGACGCAGA